AUGACGUCCCAGCUGAGAGCACAGGCAACCACCCCCAAGCGACCAGCGAAGAUGUCCUCAAAUCAGUCCUUGAACCAUCUCUUGAACUUCACACUUCCCCCUAGACAGAUUCAACCUCAGAGUUUGCCUAGGAGGAGUAAGAAGGCUGUCCAUUCAGCCGUGUGGAACAAGGAGAGGUUCGUGAAUGCGCAGUACCGGUUUGUUAUGAACCCAAGCGGUGACUAUACAGUGCAUUUUGCGGAUCCAGACAUCUUUUUCCAAUGGCACGAUAUAUUGCAGGUCAUCAUGCCACGGUCGUCAGCUUUGGCAUCUGCUGCUACUGGUGGAGGGCAUACCAUACAGGAGGAGGGGAUUAAGACUUGUCCCAUCUGUUUGUCUCCUCCAACUGCUCCGCGAAUGACAAAAUGCGGGCAUGUGUAUUGUUUUCCUUGCAUCCUACAUUACCUGAGCAUGUCGGAUAAUCUCAAGUGGGCGCGAUGUCCGGUCUGCUUCGACACUGUCAACGAGAAACAGCUGAAGAGUGUCAAGUGGUAUGAUGGACCUCGGUUUCAAGAGGACGAGCGAGAGCAUGCUGUCGCCAGUGGUUCCUCACAUUCCACACAACUUUCGGAUCAUGGGGCUACUCGAGCUGGAUCUACAAUGCGGAUGCGAUUGAUGCAACGUCCUCAGUUGACAACCCUUGCCUUACCACGCUCACACACUUGGCCAUCAGACCUAAUUCCGCCUCAUCAGGCUCCUUUUCACUUCCUCCCUGACGUUUACGACUAUGCCAAGUUCAUGCUUGCUACUCCUGACUAUCUGAUCACCGAUCUUUCCAACGAUUUGGACGCGCUCGCAGUGGAACGCCGGAUGAUGGCCAGCAUGCGAGAUGAACUCAGUAUUUCGUUCAUUGAUGCAGCUGAGCAGAAGCUUCGCCAUCAGAUCGCCAAGGCAGCUGCAUUGGAAUCGCCGCAGCUGAAGGAAGCCAUUGACAGAACUCGCAGGGAUUUCGACGACAUCGAACGGCGCCAUAAUGUUGAAUAUGAGCGGAAGCUUGCUGGGGAGACGAAAGGAGCUGCAUUCUCCGAGGCACCAGAAGCAUUUCUCGCCAUGCAUCCAAGCUCCGGUUUUUUUGUAUCUCCGCGUACCCUUCUAUCGAUCCCUGCCACGCCCAAGUCGACGCCGCCAUCAGCUCCCAUUCCAACUCUCCCUACCAACACCUCUUCUAAUAAUCGCAAUCACAGACAACGCCGUAAUAUUAACCCUCCUCCCCCGUCUACGCAGACCUACUACUACUACCAGGCAGCGUCUGGCCUGCCCAUCUUUUUACAUCCUCUCGACAUCAAGAUCCUCUUCUCGCACUUUAACAGUUAUGCCUCAUUCCCGGACACAAUUACGAUCUGUAUAGAAUCUGCCACUGAAGGUACUGUCAACGACGACCUGCGUAAGAGGUGCAAGUACCUCGCACACACACCAGAAGGCGCAGACGUCGUUUUCAUCGAGGCGGACUUAGAGGGAGUUGUGGGUCACGAGGGUCUCAAGAAUUUUGAAGGGGCGAUCAAACUCCGUAAGUCGAGAAGGAAGGAGAAAGGUAGGAAGGACGACCGCGCACGCGCACGUGCAGAAGAACGCGAAAGGGAUAAAUUUAUUGCGCCGUGGAGCGAGUCUGUUGUUUCUGUGCCUCUCGACUCCAUCGCUUAUCCUGUGGAAGUCGAGGGGAUAGUGAAUCGUGAGUCUCCCGCUCCCCAGAUUACUGGUGCCUGGGGUUCGAGGAGCUUUGCGUCUGCUGCACACUCCGCAUCGGGUGCAGAUGUUGGACGUUCGAACACGAACAAUCGCAGUGCGAGUCAGGAGAUCGGGGACGAGUGGGAGAUAGAUGCAGCUUGGCACGAACUUGAGCAGCGAAGCGCAGCUGGACACGGGAACAAGAACAAGAGGGGUAAUAAACUUGUUGUGAUGGGCGGUGGAGCGGGGGGGCGAAGGCGAUAG